AUGCGUGCAAGCGUGGACUAUUGUCUUAAAUUGAAGCAAAUUCAAACAAAAAUUCAUCAAAAUAUCCAAUUUGCUAGCGCAUUCUUCCAAAAUGGAGAAGAUCAGCUAGUUAAAAUUAAUACACAGUAUAAUGAAUUUAAAGAUGACUUUGCUAAAUACUUUUCUAGACUCAAAGAUAUAAUUAUCAAGCUUGCAGAAACCGGCGUUGCUUUUACACAAGUUAAAGACACUCAAAAAUUUUAUGAGUUUUUGGAAUCAAAGAAUGUCAUCCCAGAACAUGAUACCAACGUCAACAUAUACGAAGUAUACCUUGAACAAUUCCCCAAAUAUUUCGAUUACUUCUUAUUUAAGCAUGAUAAAGUAAUUGAGUUAACGCAAGGCGGAAGGACAAUCCAAGAGACCCAUGAGUCUUUUAUGAGAGAGUUAUACAAUAAGGACACAGAGAAAAUCAAUUUCUUCAAUUUGGCGAAAGUUGAAUUUUUGACACCUCAAUUUAUCAGAUUUUUAAACAAAAACCUCGAUAUUUCACAUAUAUUCUUCAAUUCUACCUUCAAUCGCGACAAUGCUAUUGCCAAACAAGAGUUUCUUGACAAUUUUAUGAAGAAUCUUGACAAAUGUCCGGAAUACAUCCUUGAUUUGAUCAAAAUCGACAAAAACGUGAUUACAAUGUCCCUUAAACCACUUAUCAACCAGCAUCCUCAAUUGUUGAACCUUGUUCCUUAUUAUGUCGAUCUGAAAAACAAAAACAACCAAUUUGACAUACAAAUUCCAGACGAAAUCAUUGAAAAAAUAAAUUCUAUCGUCACACAAAAAACCGCUUUUAUUCCUGAAGAAAUCAAAUCCACAUUAGAGAAAUUAGCAGGUACAGAUUCACGGGAAACAGAAGCACAACCUGCACAUCAAAAGCUUAGAGAAUUACUUAAGAUUUUACCUCCUCUUCCUGUUAUUCACAAUCAAAACCAGAAAUAUUCAAUUAAAGAAUAUUUGACAUUUGCCAUCAACAUGAUUCAUUCGAACAAACGCGAGUAUUAUCUUAAGAAGCUGAAUGAGAUUUGUAAGGAUCGCAACUACCAAGAUUUCAUUGAUAAGACAAGAAAUCCACAAUAUAUUUUUAAUGAAAUAAAGAGGAUUGAUCCAAAAGAUAAAUUGCAAAAUGCAGAACAAAGCAUUAGAUACAAGAGCCAUUACCAGUUCCUUAUUAAAUAUGAAGAAAAUCUCAGCGAAAUACAAAACCAAAUCAUUGGUUAUACAUUUGUUAUUUUUGAAUCUGAUAAAUCAAAACCAAUAAAUCUUAUUCAGUUGACAAAAUUGUAUACAACAAUUUACACGGAAUACAAAAUACACAAGGACUUCAUUAAUAAGAAUUACAAAGAAGAUCUUAAAAAGAUUAAGUUGGAUUACUUUAACAUGGAUUGCAUGUUGGAGAAGUUUUUCACAAAUGAAAGAGCAAAAAAUUUGGAAUACUUCGUAAAUGGAGAAGAAAAAGCUUUGGACUUCCAAGCUGACUUGUUCAGAAAAGAGAAAUGGAUGGAGAAGAAACACAAAUUCGUAAAAGACCUCUCUUAUGACAAAGAUCCACUCGAACUCUACAAAAUUUUCAAUAAAUAUCAGGAUAAAAUCAUGAAAAAAUUCGAAUCAAAUCUCACUGACCUUGGAAGUGACCAAGCAACGCCUUUCUUCUAUGCGUACGUAUAUCACUGCAUGCCAAGUAAUUUGUUAAGUACUCUUAAGUAUAUUGCACUCUAUAAAAAAAUUUACCCGGCUACGCAGAACUUUUUCGAAAUUAUUUUAAGUACUAUGAAUUUGAGAAUAUUCGAUGAAUAA